AUGAAUCCACGCUUGUACUCCCUUACUCUGACUAGGAUCCCACGCUACUCCACGGGAUGGGUCACCAAGAAGCUAAUCAACCUCCUGCGAUUGGCUGCCGUUCAAGAAAGAGCUAUUGCCGAUUCAACAAGCUCGAAUAUUCGCAGGGCACCAACGAUGGUGAAGGGUCUUAGACACAUUAGAUUGGAGUUUGACCCUGACCCAAUCGACGAUAUCAGUGGCUUGGAAGAUGAAGAUCUAGAUGCUGGCGAUUUCGUCACCAUGGCUGACGAGGAGUUCAGCUUCUUUGGCGAUACUGGUUGGAGGUCUCUAUCCACAUCAAACUCUCCGAGAAGUGACGACUUCUCAUCAGCGGACGCGAAACGUCAAGGCCCAAACGCGGAUGAGAACCCUGAGGAACUUGACUGCCCCCCGUUCUCGGAGACUCAGGGUGACUAUGUCGAGCACACGGGGUCAUGGAAUGGGCAGGACUUCACCAUUCCUGUGUGGAUCGGUUCUGGGGUGUUCAACAACCACCUAGCUGUGAACGAAUACAUGAAGAACCUAUGCAACCCGGAGCUCCAGAGCGACAUCAUCCCUACAUCGCCGAAUCAUGUCGCUGCAGGAGUCCCUCCAGGGUCCUACAUCUACCAGAAAGCUUGGGAUGCGAUGUUGGCCCCUCCUAGAUGGGGACGGCCACUCAGGUCAGAUCUCACAAAGAUGAAAGAUGUUGUCGCGGAGCUCAAGAAAUACCGGCUCGAUACGCGCGCUGCGUACAAGCGUGCCAAAGAUGCAGCCGGUGGCAUUACUGUCCCUCUUGGGGAGCCUCACUUUUUCUGGAGUGGAAAACUUGAGGUGGCUCUGAAUGAUCACGCUGUUCACUCAUCGAAAUAUUGGAGAUGA